ACCAAGCACCAAGACUGUGUAACCGUUAUCAGAAUCACAGGACAGCACGUUACUUCCCAUAUCCUGUCGACCAAGUGCACUGCAAGAACACAGGACAUAUUCAUACUGCUAUUUCACUUGCGUGAAAGAACCACAUGCAACUACGGAAAUACCAGGAUUGCGGAGGAUAUCAGGCCAGACAGUGAGGAACUAUUUUUUCGUUGAAGGUAUUCGGGCUAGACAACCUGUUCGUCGGCUGCAGCAGAGGAGAAGGUCCAGGACUCGCGGCCGUACAGCAAUUUGCUGAAGACGCAUGCUCUGUAGACAGCAACGUUGGCGUGGCUGUCAGCUUGCUGUUCUCGGACCCUCUUUGUCAGUCUGGCGAGGGUGUUGGAUGCUCUGGCAAUCUGCGUGUUCAUCCCAGCAUCCAAGGACAGGUUGUCUGUGAUGGUGGAUUCGUGGUAUUGAAACUGGUUCAUACACUGCGAGUGUGAAAUGGAACAAGAAAAUAUGUACUCAUGGGUGGUUCUAUUUGCUUCCUUCACAACGCUUCUGUGUGGACCCACCAUCGGCUUUGCAAGCGGAGUGAUCCAUGUUGCAUUGUUGAAUGAAUUCAAGGAAGACGCGACACUGACAGCAUGGGUGGGAUCUCUCUUCUCAUGCAUGUUUGCUCUGACAGGUCCAAUUGCCAGCUUGGUUAUCAACGUGUUUGAUUGUAGAACGUGUGUGGUGAUGUCUGGACUCUUGAUGAUGACUGGGUUCGUGACCAGCUAUCUGGUGACGGAUAUAAGACUUUUGUUCUUAACAUUUGCCUUAAUCACAGGCUUGGGGACUGGUCUUGCAAACACCGGUUGUAUUGUCGUUCUUCGAUACUACUUCCCUAAGAAUGCAGCCUUUGCAGCAACACUAUACAUCUCGGGAGGUGCACUCGGUAUAUUCAUUCACCCUGCGCUCUUUCAAUAUCUGACCCAAGGAUACGGAUUUCACGGCGCAUUUCUCAUACUUGGAGGAAUAUCGUUGAACAUAUGUGUUUCUGGAAUGUUAAUGCGUCCAUCCAAAUAUGAACAAGACAGACAAAGGCACGACUUUAUUGGAAACUCUUUACGGCAAAAGGUUCUAACUAUAAUGUGUGGGGACUUUAGUCGUUUUUUUUCCAUCAUGAAAAAACUAUCGUUUCUUUAUUUUGUUAUAAGUGUUCUGUGCUUUUCAAUUGCUGCCGCGACGGAGUAUAUGUUUCUUCCAGAAUACUUCAUCAAACAGGGUUCAACAUUCCAAGAAGGGUCCUUCGCAAUAGCAGUGUCUGGCCUAGGUUGCAUUGUCUCGCGUGUUCUCACGGGAUUUGCCUCUACUGACAAGAGCAUCGGAGGAGCUAUUUUGUAUUCCUCUCUAAAUGGAAUAAUGGCGAUUUUGACACUACUUCUGCCGAUGUGCAGUACAUCUUCUCACCUGAGAAUACUAUAUGGCUUUUUGCUUGGACUAUAUACUGGAGGACAAUGGGUUCUUGUAAAUACUCUAACGCUGGAACUUCUAGAUAUACAAGACGUUGCUACAGGUGUUGGCGCUGUUAUGUUUACCUGUGGAACUGGAUACCUGAUCGGACCUCCAAUAGCAGCGGCUAUAUCGGACGCCAGUGGAUAUUUCAACAGCAUAUUUCUGUUCGCUGUUGGAAUGCUGUUAUCGGCCUGUUUAUUUGGUUUUUUAUCAAAUGUCACGAAACCGACAUCAUCAGCAACCAAGGACAGAGAACUGGCGAUUGCAGCGUCUGCCGAUGACUGUUGUAUAGAGGAGUCGGUCCAAGGGGUGCUGAUACUGCCAAACAAUGUGCCGGAAUAAGGACAGAGGCUCAUGAAUCAGGAUACGGAAUAAGACGUAAAAAUGGCUUCAAUCUGGAAGCACUGCUACUUUCCUUCGAAGACACCAGGACACUGUGGGAGAUGAUGUGAAAUUGGGUUUAACGUCGCGUCCAAUAUUAUUGCACUCAAAGAGCGACGUGCAUGCACGUGUGUGUGGCUGCUUGUUCUAGUCAGGACUGAUGCCGAUUUAUAGUGCUAACCCA